UUCAUUAAUAUACAUGCUUUAUACAGGACAAUACAUUAUUAUAGUUUACUUUCACGGAUUACUAUUUUCCUAAAUCUAUUUCGUUUAUCUCAAAUGAGAAAGGAUAUUUAACCAUGUCUCAAAGAUAUGAUCAUAAUCAAGCUGGACCGAGCAAUAGUAGGGAGAGACACCAUCCAGAUCACUUUUUAGAAGAUCAUGUGUUACGUUUAAGCGACAACGAAGUUGGUGGGCUCGCUGGAAACCACUCUCGUGCUCCACUCAAUGAAAAUGAGCAAGAUGAGGGUCCGGUUGAUAGUGUUGCGUUUCCCCCUUCUCCUGCUGGAUUUUCUUCUGAUUCCCUUGCGGAUGAUUCCGAUUUCAGCAGUUAUUGUGAUUUUGAUGAUGGAUUUGUCAGACGUGGAGGCUUUCAUGUUCGACAGCACGAACAUAACUCUGCUGAUAAUGCUGAUCGUGCUCGCAGAAUUAUUGUUGAAGCUAGCCCAUCUGCUAACAGUGAUAUACCAAGUACAAGCAGAGGCCCUAGAAAUUCUGAAAAUUCUGGUGCCCGUGGAAACAAACGACCUCUAAGCAGUUCAAGUGAUUCAUGUGUUGAAAGUUUCCUUUUACGACAAGUCGCGGAAACUAAUUGUCUCGGUUUAAUGCAGUUUGGCGAACUUCAUUCUCUCGAUUCAUUGACUGCGAGAGCGAAAAAAUUUGCACUUGACAAUUUUCGAAAAGUCUCUCAACAAGAGGAGUUUAUAAGACUUCCGCCAAGUGUAUUGAUGUGGUAUUUAUCAAACGAUGCUUUGUGUGUGCAAAGAGAAGAACACGUUUUUCAAGCAGCUAUUUCAUGGCUACAAUUCAGCGAAGCAAGGGAUGAACACACCGUUGAUAUUCUGAAAUGUGUGAGAUUGUACUCUGUCAAUCCGCAUUUUCUUUUCGACACCAUUGCAAAGCAUUCGUUUUUAAAAGGAAAGCCAGCGGUCCAAGAUUUAGUUUCUGAAGCAUGUAAAUACCACGCACUUAGUUGCAAUGAGUGGAAACAAAUGCAACAGCCUCAUACCAGACCCAGAGAAGCAUCAGGUAUUACCGAAGUUUUAUUUAUUGUUGGGGGUAUAUGUAACAAUAGAAGACUACAUGUGGCUGAAUGCUAUCAUCCUAAGAGAGGAUGGAUUGCUUUGGCAGACAUUGUUACAGCACAUUGUACAAUGCACAGUUACAGCGUAUGUGCAAUGAAGAAUAAUGUAUAUGUCACAGGCGGGCAUAGUAAUUCUGGAAUAACAGCAAAUGCGGCUUCACUUUAUUUAUCAAAAAUUAAUCAGUGGAGCGAGUUACCCAGCAUGAUUUGUGCUAGAGAACAGCAUGGUUCAGUAACCGCAGAUGGGGCUGUUUAUGUUGCCGGAGGUUUAAUGGCGUCACAGAAAGGUCGUAAGAAACCAAUAGUGCUUGAUCAAGUUGAAAGAUACCGACCCGCUUUCAACCAAUGGGAGUCAGUAAAGCCGCUGCCCAAACGUUGUUAUUCUCCUGGCGUUAUGUAUAAAGAAAAGCUUUAUGUUAUUGGUGGUGUUAGCAUGACUGACGAACCAAGCAAUUCAAGCAAAAUUAUCUUGAACUGUAUUCAAUGCUACGAUCCACUUAUCGAUAAAUGGUCUCUUCUACCACUAGGUCAACCAUUGGCACGAUUAUGCUGUACGCUAUAUCAAGACAAGAUUUAUAUGAUAUCAAAUAAUGCGAGUGAGAUAUUCCGUUAUGAUCCAAACACCCAAACUUUUGAGGAGUGGCAGCAUCUACCAGAACCUGGUUUAGAGUUUGCUGGACUCGCAACUUUCAAUGGAAACCUUGUCAUUACUGGAGGUCAGAAGGAAAGCAACACUUUGAAUAAAAUGUUUGUCAUUAGUUAUGAUACCAAGGAAGUUAUAGAAACGGUCAAUAUGACAAGAUCACUCUGCAUGCAUGGCUGUGUGGCUAUCGACAAAUUUGGAUAGCGCAAGGAAAGUGGGUCAAUCACAUAUAUAUAAAAAUUUUAAUUUUCUUGUAAUUAUAUUCUGCCAUUCAAACAUGAAGCUGUGCAUCUAUGUACAAAAAUAUACAUUAUUUUGCUAAUA